ACCCAAUCAUAUUAUCUGACACCCCCAAUCAAUGUUUUCACUUUCUCUCUCCUCAUUUUUCUCUCUCUAAAACUCCUUUCUUCCUCCUCCACACUCUCAACAUUAGUCCUCCUUUUUAUUUUUAAUGGGAUAGCAUUUUUCAUUUCCUAUUAAUUUUCAAUCAAUUCAUUGUUUUUUGUUUGUUUUUUUAAUUUUUCCAAAAUAAAAAUAAAAAAUGGCAGCAUAUUAUCAAAAUCAUCAUAAUAAUCAUGGGACAAGUACAGAAAUCCAAGACCACAAUACUAAUAAUUUCCAUACACUAAUUCUCAUGAACCCAAAUUUAGCUCAACAGCAGCAGCAACAUCAACAUCAACAACAACAACAACAACAACAACAACAACAACAACAACUGCAAUCAUCUAAUAACAUCCUCCUCUUAAACUCGGUCGCCGCCGGCCUUUCACCCAACCAGCCACUACUCCCUCAACACCACUUUGUUCGCCUCCCUACUUCUCCGCCUCAACCUAGUAAUGUUACCUUGUACGGAUACCCAUCUCAUGAGGCGCGUGACAUGCCACGCGCUAGGCAAGGGCUGUCCUUGAGCUUAUCUUCUCAGAAUCCCGGGCUACGGGUCGGGUCCCAACAAGGUGGGGAGGGUGGUGGCGAUGGUGGUGGGCAGGGUUUUGUGUUAGGGUCUAAGUACUUGAAGGCAGCUCAGGAGCUGCUUGAAGAAGUUGUACAUGUUGGUGAUGAUGGUGGAGCUUUGUUCAAGAACAGUAGCACUACUACUAAUAAUAAUAAUGAUGGUUCACCUAAGAAGGGUAACAAAGGUGGCGCGGCCGAGUUUCCAUCGGAGGAGAGAGAAAAACACGGUGGCGGGCAGCUGAGCACGGCCGAGAGACAGGAGAUUCAGAUGAAGAAAUCAAAACUUGUUACCAUGCUUGAUGAGGCAGAGCAAAGGUACAGGCAAUAUAAUCACCAAAUGCAAAUUGUAAGGGAGUCAUUUGAGCAAGCAGCAGGAAUGGGAUCAGCAAAGACAUACACAGCGUUAGCACUUAAGACGAUUUCUAAGCAGUUCCGGUGUCUGAAAGACGCGAUUCAAGGACAAAUCAGAGCAGCAAACAAGAUAUUAGGGGAUGAUCAAGAAGGUGGUUCGGGUUCAUCAGCUGGUGGGAAGAUUGAAGGGUCGAGGUUGAAGUACAUCGAUCAUCAGAUUAGGCAACAGCGCGCGUUGCAGCAGCUAGGAAUGAUCCAAAACCCCAAUGCUUGGAGGCCUCAAAGAGGUUUGCCUGAGAGAUCUGUUUCUGUUCUUCGUGCUUGGCUGUUCGAGCAUUUCUUGCACCCGUAUCCUAAAGAUUCUGACAAGAUCAUGCUUGCUAAGCAAACUGGACUCACUCGAAGCCAGGUGUCGAAUUGGUUCAUAAAUGCUCGUGUACGUUUAUGGAAGCCAAUGAUCGAAGAAAUGUACACAGAAGAGCUUAAGGAUCAAGAACACAACAAUGGAUUAUCAGAGGAGAAAUUAGGUAGCAGCAGCAAGGAAAACAGCAACAAUGAUGAAAAUAAUAACAAUAAUAAUGCAGGAGGUUUGAAUUCCAUCAAAAACCAAGAGAUCAAAAUGAACAACAUUGCUGAAAAUCAUCAAGUUCAUGCCUGUAAAGAUCAAAACAAUCCUGCUGCUUCUGCUUCUGCUUCUGCUUCUGCUUCUGCUUCUGCUGGUGUUGGUAUUCAAACGAAUUCCGCCACACCCUUCAAAGGUAGCUUAACUCAGAGCCAAUUACAUGGGUUCAGCUUUACAAGCUCACUGGAUAUGGAAGGUGGGAUUUCACAAAGAAGCCCCAAGAGACCGAGAAAUGACGAUGAAGUCCUUGGAUACGACGAGAGUACAAAUGGGGAAAUCAUGAUAAAAUUUGGAAAUGAGAAGGAAGAAAGACAAAAUGUGAAUGGGUAUCCAAUAAUAUCAGGUGGAAUGAACUUCAUAGGAAUGGGAGGAGGUGAUUUAGGAGGAGCAUACCCAAUUGGAGAAAUAAGCAGGUUUGAAACAGAGGAUUUCACUCAAACACCAAGGUUUCUUCAUGGGAAUGGGAUUUCACUUUCCCUUGGACUUCCUCCUUCCUGUGAAAAUCAACUCGAUAAUCUUUCUACAACAAAUCAUACAUUCAUGUCACCAAACCCGAAUAUCCAGUUUCGAAGACCCAAUGAUUUUGGGUCAAUGAGUAGCCCUUCAUCUCAUUCACCAGCAGCUGCAUUCGAGUGUAUUGAUAUCCAAAAUCGGAAGGGGUUUGCAGCUCAGUUGCUACCAGACUUUGUGGCAUGAAUAAAUGAUUUAGUACUAGUAACUAGUAACUAGUAGUAAAUAGUAUAGGACUACUAUACCACCUUGGUUUUGCAUACAAGUUGAUUAGAGAUAUGUAUAAAUAUUGGUUGAUAUAGUUAAAGAUUGGGGAUAUAUAGUAAAAUGGUUAUUAUUGGGAUUGUAUAUUAAAUUUUGUAGUAUAUAUAUUGUUGUUUAUAUAUGGAAUUUAUGGAUAGUAAUUAAAUA